AUGGCAGGGGCUUGGAGUUUCGUCAGCUUCAGCAUCGAGUCUACCACGCCAGAUCGCCUCACCGACAUUCUCUUUGCCAACGGUCUUAUGCAGGUGCCGGUGGUCAUUUCCAUCUUAGCAAGAUACAAGGAAAACGUCGAACACAAGAACAUUGCCGCCAGUGUCCGUGAGCCGAGCGGUGACGAUGCGCACACUGGCGUUACCAGUAGUUUCAACUCCCGUGUAAUCAUCACAUCUGUCGCCCCUCCUCGCGUCACAAUAGACGACGUUGAGACAACACGCUCACCCGAGAGUUUCACAGCGUGGAUUGACAACCCUUAG